GUUAGGCUGCGCGGGAGCUGCAGUUUCAGUUUGUUUUAUUCACCAUUUUGUGUAGCUGAGGGUAAAAUUCAAAUAAAAAUCCAGUUUAAAACACGUUUAUUUUUUGUUUUUUGUGCUUGGCGCCGAACUGCGUUUCUGUCUAAAGCGGUGUGUUUAAUCACGCUUUGAGUUGCAAAACCGAAAGGUUUUAUUUUUUUAUCUCCCUUGGAUUUUCCUUUUAAAUAUAUAUUUUAACCUCUACAGUAUUUCUGCAAAAUGUCAAGACCAGUGAGGAACAGGAAGGUAGUGGAUUACUCACAGUUCCAGGAGUCUGAUGAUGCAGAUGAAGAGUAUGGGAGGGACUCUGGGCCUCCUAGCAAGAAGAUCCGUGCGUCUUCUCGGGAAGUGAAGCCGAAGAAGAGGCCGGGGAAGAACUCGCAGGAAGACAGUGAGGAUUCAGACGACAAAGCGAAGUCCAAAGAUGACUCGGCAGAUGAUUUUGGCAGCGAGGACGACAAUGACUUUGAAGGAGAGGAGGAGGAGGAAGAGGGGGGAGACAGUGAUUAUGACGGGUCUAAAAAGGGCAAAAAGGGAAAGAAGCCUAAAGUGGAGAGGCCAGCCAAGCGGACACCCAAGUCACGGAAAAGACCAGCAGAUGACAGCGACGAUGACCAAGAGGUGAGCAAGAAGGUGCGGCAGCAGCGCCAGGCCGCCUCCAAGGCCGUGUCCAAGCAGAGGGAGAUGUUGCUGGACGACGGGGGCAGCGAGGAUGAGGAGAAGGACGAGGAUGAUCAGGCCUUCCUGGACAAGGAGUCAGGCAGCGACGAGGAUUUCAUGGUUGAUGACGACGACGACAGCGACUACGGACACUCGAGAAAGAAGAGUAAGAAAGUGGUGAAGAGGACCAAGCCCGACAGGAAGGAAAAGAAGUCUCCCAAACCUAGACUAAAGGCCACAGUGACUCCCAGUCCCAUGAAGGGCAAGGGCAAAGGUCGGCCCAGCGCGGCCAGGGCCUCCGAGAAGUCCUACAAAGAGGAAGAGGAGGAGCCAGAGAGCCCCCCCGAAGAGGAGGAAGAACUGGAGAAGAAGGACUCCCCUCCUCCAAAGAAAACAGAGGACCCGACUGAGGAGGAAGAGGACGUAUCAGAAGAAGAGGCUCCUUCUGGGGAGGACUAACCGCUUGGAACGGGAGGGUCUUUCUCUCGUUUUUCUUUCUUUAAUUUUUAGAUCGUAGACAGUUUCAGUUUUCUGUGUCUGCCUGGCUCAACGGUUUGGACAAUAAUAUUCUUAAUAUUUUUUCUUGCUUUUUUUUUUGCCUGUAAAUACCAUAUCUCAAAGGACAGUGUGUGUGUGUAUGGGUGUGUGAUUGUGUGUGUGAGAGAGUGUAGGGGGCAAAUCUUUACCAAUUCAGGUGAUGAAUGUAGUCCUGUUUUUUCUGUUUGAUUUUAAUGAGCCCCCAUCCACAGUGGCAGUGAAGCUGUGCUCCACAAGCACUAAAACCUUUGUGAGGAGGAAGAGGGCUUCUAAGAAGGAAAUGUUACACAAGCCAAGAACCUGUAGUCCAAGACUGAUCAGCCUCUGUCCUGCUGAAUAGUACCAUUGCAGGCCUUGCUCACAACUUGGGUAUUGUGGAGGAAUUCAAGCUGUUGCAUGGUACAGUUGUGCAGGAAAAUUGAUUGACAGAUGUUGACUUCACCCUGCAGAGUGCAGAGCCUGGGUCAGGUGAACACAGUGAAGUGCACACCCGACGCUCCUGCAGGCUGCACCUUGACCGUGAGAACAGGUGUUCUGUCUUGGAUGCCCACUGCAGGUUCCUGACAGCAGCUUGCUGUGGCAGAACAUGUAUUUUCUGCAGAUGUUUUUUUUUUUA